CAAGGGUGGGUCCCCAGGUCACUUGUUUUUGGGAGACAACAUUUUGCUUAAUGGAGGUUCUUGCUGGUAACAGCAUAUAGGAGGCAUUGCAGCUUUGGUGUUGCAAAUGGCGGGAAGGGAAGAAGACGUAAAAGAGGAAGAACAAAGGCUUCGACCCGAAGAGGACAAAGGAAAUAGAGAAGGAGGGGGAGAGAAGGGACGUGGAGAACAGAAAGGGUGCACCGAUCGAAUAAAGGACUUUGUAGGAAGUACAAUAUUUCUGGUGUAUACUGAAGCCACCCUCUCAACAUGGGGAGACCGUAUGUGGUCCUUCGCAGUGGCCCUGUUCCUUAUCGACCUGUCUCCAGGAUCGUUAAGACUGACUGCCGUGUACGGCUUCUCCAAGUCGUGUGCGGUUCUUCUUCUCGGAGCGAUCAUCGGAGACUGGAUAGACCGGACUGCUAGACUGACAGCUGUGCGAGUAUCUCUGGUGGUACAGAACGGGUCUGUUGUCAUGUGUUCCGUGGUCCUGACUCUCACCCUGGUCUAUCGUACACAGAUCGAAAACUUACAAGGAGGAUGGCUCACGACGUUAUGCCAGGUUGUGUUGAUCACGAUAGCAGUGGUGGCCAUCCUCGCCGGUCAGGCCACACGGAUCUGUCUCAACAAGGACUGGGUAGUCGUCAUCGCUGGUGGGGAUAAGGAGAAACUUGCUAAGCUAAACGCAUCGAUGCGUCGAAUCGACCUGUGUUCAAAGAUCCUGGCCCCGGUGGUGGUCGCACAGAUCAUGACCUUUGUCUCCAUGUUGGUCGGCGCCCUGUUCAUCGCGGGCUGGAACAUCGUUUCCAUGGCAAUAGAAUACUACCUGUACCAUCGUGUGUACGUCAGUGUUCCUGCACUGGCUGUGAAGGAGACUAAAGAUAAAGCCAAAGGCAAAGAAGACGAUCCAGAGAAUCCAAGUGACGGCCAACCUGUCCAGAAGAAACCUCCCCCCACCUGCUUCCAGAAGAUGUUCAAACCAGUCCUGACACUCGUCAAUGGGUGGAAGACGUACUUCCAACAGACGUGCUUCCGCGCCGGCCUCGGUCUCUCCCUCCUCUACAUGACGUUUCUCGGCUUCGACAACAUCAUGGUGGGUUUUGUGUACACCCAGGGUCUGUCUGAACUCGCCGUCAGCCUCCUGGUCGCAGCUGGCGCCGUGCUUGGAGUGGCCGGUACGUUCAUCUACCCUCCUCUACGCAAGAAAGUCGGUCUGCACCGCACUGGGUUGAUAUCCGGGACGUUACAUUGGAGUAUCCUGAUCCUGUGUGUUGUGUCCGUGUGGGCCCCGGGCAGCCCGUUUGACCCGUUUUAUUACACCCGCACAUCUAACGUCACCCUCGCUGAUGUCACUCCUCCUGAUGUCCCCCCUCCUCCUACUUUCACCCCCUCCUCCAAUUCAUCAGCAUCUCCCUUCUCUUUCACCGAUUUGGCAGUUUCGCCGGUGACCAACACGACUGCUGCGCCGGCAGAAGUACGUCCCGGGUGGAUGUACGCGUCUGUGGCACUGCUCAUGGCCGGGGUCACACUGGGCAGGAUCGGUUUAUGGAUGUAUGACCUGACCGUGACCCAACUGUACCAGGAGACGGUGGAAGAGAACCACCGAGGGGUGGUGUUCGGUGUUCAGAACAGCCUCAACUUCUUCAUGGACAUGCUGCACUUCCUCCUAGUGAUCAUCCUCCCUGCUCCUGAGACGUUCGGCUUCCUUGUCCUGUUGUCGUUUGUGUUUACUGUAUCUGGACACCUUUUGUAUGCAUCCUACUCACGCCAGGCAAGGGCUACAAUGAUGCACAACAUGGUAUAAUUAUACAAAAACAGUCAAAACUGCACAAGAGGACUACUCAAUGGACUGAUAAAAAUCUGUUAUAAUUUAUAUUAUCAAUCCUCCUUGAACUCUGUUAUCCUGUACAAAAUCUACUCAAUGACAUCACUAGUCUCAUCAAUUGUAUUCAUAACUAGAGGACAGUUCUUUCGCUUGUUUAAUCUUUCUCAUGAUUUUGUCCAAAGCUCUCUAACAAGGUUGUAUUGUUAUUGACAGGUCAGAGGUCACCUGUUCCACUUUGACCUCCUGUGCGUGAUAUGCAGACCUGGUUCUUCACAUAGGUUAGUGACCUCAGCUGACCCUGUACAGGACUCUCCACAGACGACCCAUUAACAAGUCCUAAAAAUACCUGUAAAAAAACAGUUCCCAAAAUUCUAGCAGUAUAUUCAU